AUGAGUUAUUGCUUCGUGUCAUGUGCUGAGCCAGCGAUCGAUAACACUGUCCGAGUCCGAAAUGGAAUCAGAAAAUUGCAACAUCAUCCCAGAGAUAAUGAAAAUGAUAGGAUAAGAUGGCGACAAUUUAUGGUAAAUGAAAUUGGAAGUAAAUACCACAAUAAUUCGGUGCGAGCAGCACCUCAUCUAUAUAUUUCAUCAACAGCUACUGUUGCUCCUUUUUAUGGUAAGGAUGGUAGUAGACAUAAUGUUGGUAAAAUUAAUGGAAUUAGUAUACCUUGGAGACGUAUAAUGCAGUUGCCAAGGAUGCGAGUUGAAUACAAACCAUUGGAAUUCAGGACAAGAGGUAAUUCAAAUGAAAAAGCGAUUGCUUUGACUCCAAGUGUCAACAGCUUAAAUUCAACGCAUGUUGCUGAAUUUCCUAGCCAAUUAUCUUAUCAGCAGCAACGGCAGCACAAUAUUUAUCACUAUAAGAAGCAAUUUUAUACUCCUUCUUUUUCUCCAUCUCGAACACAAAAAUACGAUACAGUACAGCCGUCACUUUACUACAAUCCUUGGGACCCGUUUGGAUUACUUAAUAAUCCGUUCUGGAAAUCGAUUUUCCCAAAUCUUUUUGCUCCACAGCCACAGUUACUCAUCGCAACUACGCUAAAACCUGUUCGAAGUGUUGAUUUCCAAGAAAGAUUAGCAUUACCGAAGAAAUCCUCCUUAUCACCAAACCAAAAACUUGCUCUGUGCUGUAAAAAACAAAAUCUUUCACCAUCUUGCCAAAUUUUAUGCAAUUAUGACACAUUCACUGACCGAUCGCUUGUGACCGCAGUGAUAACAAGUCAAUGUCCCGGUUAUGAGCUCGAAACGGCUUUUAAUUGUGCCACUUCUGGGGCUGAUCAUUCGGCUUGUUGCAUAAGAAAUGGUAUCAGUACGUACAAAAAUGGUCAUUGCAUGGCAUUUUGCACGACACAUCUCGGUAAUCCACGCAAUACAUUGCAAUACAUCGACUGUCUGCAAGUCUUUGAUCGUAUCAAAAAUUGUUAUCGAGAGUAUCACGUAGUAAAUCCGAAUAUUUAUGGUGAUUUAUGA